AUGCCAAUCUCAGAAAAAUCUUCUUCUGGUAAUAACAAUAAUAAGAGAUUAGUUGUUAAGAAGCUUUUUGCUAGACAGCAACACGAAGGAUAUGGUGCUGUUGUAAGAAGAAGUAUCGGAAGAUUUGAGUUAAGAUACUUUGACCCAUUUCUUGUUUUGGAUGAAUUCUCAGUUUCAGCUCCUGCAGGAUUCCCAGAUCAUCCACACAGAGGAUUUGAGACAGUCACUUAUAUGUUAGAGGGAGAGAUUUUGCAUGAAGAUUGUGAAGGACACAAAGGAGUAAUAAGAGAAGGAGGAUUACAAUGGAUGACUGCAGGAAAAGGCAUUGUUCAUUCUGAAAUGCCUUCUUCUAAUGCUAAUGGUAUUACUCACAACAAGGGUUUGCAGCUUUGGAUUAAUCUCUCCUCUAAACACAAAUUGUAA